CCAGAUCAGAUUGCUAUUGCCUUUAUUAUUAAAGCACAGAGAGAGAGAGCGGCCGCUUCAAGCAAUGUCUUUCCAUUUGAACUGUUUAUUAGUGGGGCUCUGUUCAGUGAUAAUUAGGACUGUCUGUUCACAAGGAUCAGCUGAUAUGAAAAAUAAUAAUAAUACAUAUUUAGCACCAUCGGUGAAUUCCAGAGACGGUCUACUUUCAUUGGACAAGUUUCACUAUCUUGAUGUGCCUCCAAUUGAUAUCAUCAUUGUAUACGAUGACUUUGAAUGCAUUUUUGAAUGCCUCAACCAUCCUCUCUGCAUGUCAGUGAACCUGGCCACCGAAGAACAAUUGCGGUGUCAGUUGCUGUCUUCCCAUAAAGAGAACAACACAAAGAAGCUUUACCAAAACAAAAGUUCAGAUCAUUAUUACUUUGCAAAGUUGCCUUGUUCCUCUAAACGAUGUCAAAACAGAGGAACUUGUCUUCAUACGAAGCGAAAUUACAAAUUGUUUGAAUGUCUCUGUGAACACGGUUUCUCUGGAGAACAUUGUGAAAAGGAUAUUGAUGAAUGCAGCAAGGGUGGCCAUACUUGUGACGUAAAUGCAAACUGUCAAAACACAAAUGGUUCUUAUAAUUGUUCCUGUAAAAAGGGAUACACAGGAGACGGACGCUCGUGUUCAGAUAUUGACGAAUGUGUUACAGAAAAGGACGAGUGUGGUACUGAUGCUGUAUGUAACAACACCGAGGGAUCGUACAACUGUACAUGUAGAACUGGAUACUCAGGAGAUGGACGGACUUGCAAAGGAAGUUUUUAGAAAAUUAGCUCAUAACUGAUAAUCUCAAAACUGUCGUCUCAGUUUGACUGUUGCUCUGAUAUUUGUUUGUUGUUGUUUUGAUUGUCUAUUUUGUUCUUGUUCUCAGAGAAUUCGAUCUGCAAAGAAGCUCAUAAUAAAAAGCU